GACAAGUGUGCAGGUGAACACCAGGUUUUGAUUACGGUGUAAAUGGACCAUGGGGAAGGACCAGGAGCUGCUAGAGGCAGCGAGAAGCGGAAAUGUCACCGUGGUCGAGAAGAUUUUGGGUCAACGAGCGAAGAGGAGUGGUCCACUGGCAAGCUUACGGCGGGGUCCGGGGGCUAAUGUGCAAGACGCCAGUGGAUAUUCCGCCCUUCAUCAUGCAGCUUUGAAUGGUCACAAGGAGGUGGUAAAGUUAUUGCUCCAAUAUGAGGCUUCCACUAACGUCGUCGACGCUAAAGGCUCUUCGCCGCUUCAUUUGGCAGCUUGGGCGGGCGAUGCUGAUAUCGUGCGGUUAAUUCUUACCCAAGGACCUUCGGUACCCAAAGUGAAUCUUACGACGAAGGACAACGAGACAGCGUUGCACUGUGCAGCACAGUAUGGGCACACGGAAGUGGUGGCACAGCUGUUGCAAUACGGAUGCGACCCCAGUAUCCGCAACAGCCGGGGAGAAUCUGCGCUCGAUCUCGCUGCACAAUAUGGCAGACUGGAAACCGUGCAAUUACUCGUUAGUAUGUAUCCAGAGCUGAUCGCGCCUCUUCGGAACUCCUCCUCGUCGGUGAUCUUCCCUCACACUCCGCUGCAUCUGGCUUCGCGAAAUGGUCACAGGGCCGUUGUGGAGGUGCUACUAGCCGCGGGUGUCGACGUGAACACGAGGACAUCCGCUGGCACGGCGAUGCACGAGGCGGCCCUAUGCGGGAAAAUGGAGGUCGUGCGGGCCCUCUUGGAUCGAGGGAUCGACUUGGCUAUCCGGGACUCACGGCAGAACACGGUGCUCGAUCUCUUGGGCCAGUUCCCGCCGCACGUCACGCAGGACAUCACCGCGGUGAUAAAAAGGCAUAGGUCGUCCUCCGGCGUGGAGAGCGACGCCGACAGCGAGAACUUGCCACCGAUUCCGGUCCAGGGUGGCGAUUCAUUGGGCAGCCCUUACGAGAACGUUCGCCCUGGGGAUGAUCUUUCACCGGCGGAAGGGACAUCGCCCACUCAAUGGCAGUUCUAUCACAAGCCUCGGGACGACGAUCGUCGCGUUUCCGGCACUUCCGUCAUGUCUCUUGAAGACGAGCAGAUUGGGGGACCAGUGAACGGAGUACGGAGGACCCUCCAGCAGACAGAGGACUCCGACCCCAGUUCCGUCUUCGACAGUGUCUUUAUGUCCAUGUCCGACACUCUCAACUCGAUAAAUACUCUCGAAAGUUCCGAUCAAACUCCCGACGACAAACCACAAAACACUACCACCAACAGAAUACCGUUAGCACAAUGCGACACCACACGGGGCUCCGACAGCGGAUUGUACCAAACGCCACCGGUACCUCGAGGAACAAUGGAGGGUAGCUUCGUGUCGGAGGAUCUGUCCUUGACAUUACCCACGGGAUACGGGGGUGGCAGGGAGUCGGACCAAUUGAGCGUUUCCUCGUCCUCGAGCGUCGGUGGACCGAGCCCACGGGACCGGCAUUGUUUGCCCAACGAUUCCAGCGCCGCCGGGAUUUACUUGCCAAUGGCACCCUUGUCCAGUUCUCUCCACAGCCCCGCCUCUAACAAUAAAGUCUCGCCAACGCCGCCGAAAAAACCGCCGAGACGCAACCUGUCCGUGUCGCCGACCCACCUGCAGACCCAGAUGUCCUUGUCGGCGGAUUGCACGCUAGGUCCGAGCAACUACGAGUACUUGUUCAUGGCGCGCAGCGGUGCCCGCAGCCACAUCGAUCUCGAGCAGCUACAAAAACGUCGCGAGCAAUUGCGUCACGUGACGAGGAGCGUGGACCAAUACGUGGAGAUGAAGUCGCGCGUGCCGGACGGCGAGGAGAGACGCGACGCAAACGUGGAACCUGUUGCCAUCACGUCCAUCUACGAGAACCGGCCGAUCAAGACGUUGAAUCCGCGACGGAAAUUGCGUCGGCACGCUUUCGAUAAUUACGAGCCCGGGAGCAGCCCGUGCGCCGACAGGUCGCCGUGCAGCGAGAUCGACGCGAUCGGCCAAGAGCAGACGUUCGUCUCGAACGCCUUUGUCACGCUCAAGUCCUCCCAAGAGAGCCUCCUGGACGAGAAACGCGACGCGAACGACGAGCACUCGGCCACCGAGGGUCGCGAGGCCACCGACAAGCGCCUGAAACGAGUACAAAUGAUGCUGCCGACGAGCCCCACGCACUACGUCCAGCCGCCGACGCCUGAUCAUCCCCCGCCCUCGGCCAUGCAAGCGGAGAAGUCGAUCCACGAGCGGAUCCGUCCCUUGAGCCAGGUGUACAAACGGAGGUCCCGCGACAUGGAAACGGAAACCGAUGAGGAUUUAUUGCAGUUUCCGGCCGGCGGCUCUCUGGACGCGUCCAGCGGUUCGUUAUCGAGUGUCUCUCUGUCGGACAAGAGCAUGUCGACGGACAACGUCGAGGAAUACUUCGGGGACGUGCCGUUUGCAGGUUUGUUGAAAGGAUCCGUGACAGCUGAACGGCCGCGUACGCUGCGUCGGUUGCGGAACGUUUACGGGCCAUCCGCAUGCGGAAUGGGAACCGGCGGCGAGAGUGGAGGCGGAGAACGUAUCGAGGACGGAGAGGUCCCGUUCCGAUUGUCCGAUCGCGACCGCGAAAGGGACGAGAAGUCCCUUAGCAUAAUGAGCCCCUUCGACGAGCAGGAGGAAUGGGCGAAGAUCUCCGAGAUCAUGGCGUCCUUCGGGACCGGCCUCGUCAGGGAGUCCGUCUUCGUCAACGAGCUCGAGAAGGAGUUCCAGACAAGACUAGGCCUGAGUUCGGACACCAGCAGCAGCCCCAUUGUCUCCACUUCCGUCGGUCAGUGGCUGUCAACGUUGGGUCUGGCGGAUUACGAGACCCUCUUCGUCAAUUCUGGCUUCGACGAUCUCGACUUCAUUAACGGAGUGCUGGACGAGGCGGAUCUGAAGGACAUGGGGAUCAGCAGCGACCAGGAACGCGCGGUGAUCAUGGACGCCGUUGGUCUGCUGAACAAACGCGUGGAGAAACGAUCCAACAGCAGCGGGCAAUCGGUGGACGAAUGGUUGAAGAGCAUUCACCUGGAGAAUUACACGGAGACGUUCAGAAAGCACUUGUACAUUGACAUGGAUCGCGUGAGGAGCGUGUGGGAGGUCGAACUCGCCGCUGUGUUGGAAAUCCAGAAGCCAGCGCACAGAAAGAGGAUCCUCGCGUCGGUCAGUAGCUCGAACGUUCGUGCGCAGAAUCGCAAUUGCGCCGGGCCCAACCUGGAGGACCUCAACAAGGACCUGAACACCUUGAAGACGAACAUACAGCAGCUGAAGGAGGAGAUACGAGAAAAACUGCCGGAAACAACGACGGAGGGUAAUGCCCCGACGCCGAUAACCGGAACGAAUUCGACUACCACGGGUACAUUAAGGCACCGCAAAAACAGACCAGCCCCGCAGCCACCCCAGCGACCCAGUUCGCAUAAUGGGGCGAUCUCAGCUCCGGAACAGCUCGAGAUCAGGGCACCGUCGGAGUUGCUGUUCGGCGUGCCGUCCACCCUAAAGACGCAAUGGAGGCACCAGCCAAAAGCUCUAGUCACCGGCUGCGUCACGUACGUCGCCAACUAUCUGGGCUCCACCGUUGUGAAGGAAUUGCGUGGCACCGAAUCGACCAAGAAGUCCAUACAGAAGCUAAAGAAAACCUGUCGCGAGCCUAGGGUCACUCCUGAUAUCACAUUGGCGAUUUCUUAUCACGGCGUUCGUUUCCUGAACACAGUGACCAACGAUCCGAUUUGCGAACACGAAAUUCGCAACAUUCACUGCGCCUGUCAGGACGCUGACGAUCUUACCCAUUUUGCGUACAUCACCAAGGACCACGCCAGUCGUACGCAUUUCUGUCACGUCUUUUGCGUGCCAACGAUGGACCAAGCCACCGAGGUGAUCCUGACUCUGGGCCAGGCGUUCGAAGUGGCCUACCAAAUGGCGUUGAGGGACAAAUUGGGAGGUCACACGGUUCGUUCUCAGUCCGCCAAUCAAUUGACCGCGUUCACCACGAAAUCGUCGGCGACCAUCAAGAUGUCCGUGUCGCCCGAUUCGACGCCCGACGGUAACCGCGACCACGAUCAUCCCCCGGUGCCGGUUCCAAAUUUGAAUUCGACGCCGUGCGCGAACGUGAAACCGAAGUCGCGCGGCAAAUCGUCCGCCCCCACUCCGAUCGUUCAGUCCACGGGCCUGAAUCUUCCGUUGGAUACGAAUUCGAACUCGAGCACCAGCUCGAGCAACACGGCGAACUGCACCUCGAGCUCGAACCAGGUCACCAGCCCUAGCGUCAACUCCGUCAGCAGCACGAACACCACCGCGAAACCAUUAGUGACGCACGGUAGGUCCCAUUCGGUGAACGACAUCAAGCUGAACGGAAACCAGCUGAAGCUGGCGCCGAUACCCGUCGACGACAUCGGCAUAGGCGUCAAGGACCUGAAGCCUGGCUCCAGAGCACCGAUCGCUCUCUCGGAGGAACUUUAGAUCUUCUCGAUUCCAAUCUGGAAUUCGUGGAUGUCGUUUGGGAAAUCUGGGGGAUGUUUACCCCUUGCGUCUAACUCGCGAACGAAGCUUCUCUAACGGAAGGAAACCACGCUUCGUGAUGGGACCUCGACGAUGGACAUUGUUCGACGCGUUAAUAGUCUCGCGAAGGCAAGAUGGCGAGAACGACACGAGUCUUUAUUGCCGCGGAAGGAAGAAGAGACGCGAUCGUUGCGAAUCACGCAAUCACCGAUCGCGUGUCCGCGGUGUCUUUUUAUCUCUCUAACUUUUGUAGUAGCGUUAUACACGGCGGGCAGUUUGUACGAUUAAUUUUGUACCGGGCCGAGUCACGGAUGGGCCUCGCGACUGCUCAGGUAAGUGGACAACCGUCGAAUUACUUUGCCAAAAUCUCCGUACACGGGGAUCACCCGGCGUCGAGGGCAUUGUCAGAGCCGACAAACGCUCGCCCGGGAUGGCAAACGAACGCUCACCUUUUACACAUUUUACGCGCGCGUCCGCGCAGCGGGAGGCUAAGAUGCCUGGGAACAACGAACUUUGAUAUUUAAAUACACUUGCGAGCGGUGCUUCGUUUAUCCUGGUCGCUCGACUUGUUUUUCGUCUACUCUUUCUCUCUCGAUCUUGAGUGAAACGAAACACGGUGGUUUGAGAAACAUUUUUCCAUUAAAUUAAAAAAGAUUGACGCGUAGCACUCUGCAUUGCCAAAUAUCGAAAUUAAUUCACGAUACGCAAACAAGUAAUUAUGGCGCUUUCACUGUCCGCGCUGAAAAUAGAUAAGAUUAUCGUAGCAAUAAACAUUCUAUUCUUUUUCUCGACAGUACUCGUUAUUAUUCCUGUGAUAUACCUGUGCUUUUCAAUUUUGGAAAAGCUUUGAAUUUUUCAUCGUACGAGCAAUAUUUGUCAAAAUAUUUUGACGUAAUUAUCUUGACCUAUACGCGGGUCGGUGGACAGUGAACGCGAUAAUUAUACUCUAUGAAUACCGAGGCAAACGAUUCUCUCAGACUAUCGUAAUUUUAUUUUAUUCAAGGUCCCUCAAAGCUCAUCCUAUGCACACUGAGAUAUCAACGCGAUCGAGACACACAAAGCACCCAGUAUAUCAAAACUCCGCUCCGCGCGACGCGCGAUCAUCACGAACAGUAUUAUUGACUAAAAUAGAGCUCCUCGACACCGUAGAUAUUUUCUAGUUUUACGCACGAUGUUUUGUCGGUACGUAAGAGUGACGAACGUUACAUCGAUGUUUCGCCUAAAAUAAUUACAAAAAAAAAAACGAAAGAAGAAAAAAGGCAAGAAAGCAACAAAAAAAAAAAAGAAACGCCCGUACGGCUCGCGACUAAUCGAUCACACAAAAGAAACACACAUUCCCGCGAAACGGAACGACACGGGCGAGCUGACAAAUUCCAAAUACCAGAAUGCUCAAUUUUGCUCCCGAGU